AUGGUGAGGAUGCAGACCUAGAGUGUCAAUAAUAAUUCUAAAAAUGAUAUAGGGACUAGAGCAAUAAUUUAAUGCGUUGGGUUUAUCUUAAACAGCCAAAAAUAACACCUAGUUAAACAUACUUUUGACACUAUACUCAAUGCUUUUAAAUUUGCUGUUGUUUAUGACCCUUAUAAAUAGUUUGCUUUUUAGGAUAAAUUAUUAGAUGCAAGAUAAAAUGUAACCUAGGCUGAGUUGGAUGCACUUGAGGAUUAUCUAUUAGGAGAGGAGACUGACGAAAUAACUUUCAAUUAGAAAAUCAGCAAAAUUUAGGAAUAAAUUUUAACAAUCGAAUUAAGUUUAAGUUAGGGAUCUUCUGAAGAUUUGAUAAAACAGAGAGUAAAGUAAAUCAAGUAAAUGAUAGGCCAAAGGAUAAAGUAGUUUAUGGCCUAAUCAAUUAUGAAGAAGGGCUUAUUUGGAAUAAAAGCUUCUUCAGUAAAUUAAUCGGCUGCAAGUUCGAUAGUAGUAAAUACUAGCAAAAAUAAUGAUAGUAAGUUAUCAGGAACAUUUUCUCCUAAUGUAGAGUCAAUUUAUUAAGAUGAUGGAGUGAUUCUGGCAGAGUCUUUAGAAUUAAAAAAUAUAAUAAAUAAGCAAAAUCACAAAUAAUCUUAAUCCUUAAGGGAUAGAUCAUUGAAACAUAUUUAUGACUACUACAGAUCAUUAAAAAUUCUGGGAAACCAUAAAAACAUUUCGUUCGAUGAUAUGAGAAGGGAAUAUGAGAUAAUGAACCUUAGUCAGUUUAUGAAAUUCUGUAUUGACUUUAAAAUACCGAUGAGAAAGGAUAGAAUUCUAGAAUGCUUUAAAAAAUAGUCUCCUACUCAGAGAGACUUAGACUUUGUUUAGUUUAAGCUCACAGUAUUUCUCAUUUUUAGCCAGAUCAGCUCAAUUGAAGAAUUGGAGAAAAAAAGGAAAUCUUCUAGUCCUCACCUUUAAGUUCGAAAAAAUAAUUAAAAAUUAAAUCCGAUAUAAAAUAAAGAUCAGAUUGACAGAUUUAAUGAAUAAUGUGCAAGAUUUUUAAUGCUUGAUUAGCCUGAAUAGCUUAAAUACAAGUUGUCGAAGCUCUAAAACACUUUGGGGUUAGGAGGUUAAACAAUAAAGUCGUCUAUAAAAUCUGAAUUCCUGAAUUCACCAGAGCAGAAAAUUAGUCUUAAUUUGUCGAACAUUAGUUCUUCUAUAUCUGGUCGAUAGAAAUAUCAGUAUAGGCAAAACAAAUUAAUGAAUGAAAUUACCAAGUUGAAACAAGGAGACGAUAGAAGAGAUGGAAGGUUUUAAAACACUGAAAUUUUGAGGUCCAAAAGAUCAAUUGGUGGUGAUAACUCGAAAAAUGGAAGCGUACAUACUUUACAUUCCUUAAGUUAGAUUAGGUACUAAGAGCUCAAUACUAAUGAUGAAGAUGACUUUGUUCCCAAGAAUUUUGGUUUUGAAGAAAACCCUAAAAGAGAGUAACUUAGCAUUACGAGGAUUUAAAGCUUUAAGAGACUAAACUCUUCGACAUAAGUAACAGAUAGACAUCGGGAAAAGUUAUCAAGUGGAUUCACUUUUUAUAAGUAAGUCAACGAGGAGCAGCAGCCUAGAGUUUUUAAGUUAAAUGAUUUGUUGAGGCCUUAAUAACAGCAAAAUAUCUAAUACCUGAAUUAAUCUAUUAAUGGGCUUUAAGUAAAAGACAUGAGGAUAAAAAAGUAAAAAUAUCCCUCCACUAAGAGAUAUAAUUUGGAAUCUGUGUACCUUAACAGUAACCCUAAGAACGAGCCUGUAGAUCCUUAUAGAUAGACAAGAACUAAUUUAGAAAAGUCCUACAAAUCAAUAGACAGUGGCUCCCCAUAAAGAAAACCCUCUGCAGGUAUUAAAAACUUUAGACGAAUUAGUCAGUUACGACUGUCUGCGAAUAUAACGACAUAAUUAAAUGCUAUACAAAACAAAGGCCUGAGUAAAAACUUAAGAGCUAGCUUUGACACUUACGUCGGUUCCACGGCAAGUCUCAUGAAUAGAAUGAAAACUCAGAAUAUUAGCAAUAUUAAAGAUAGUAUGAUUAACAGAAAGUAGUUGUUAUUGAAAAUCUAGCCAGAGAGAUAGGUAUCCUCUACGCUAGGCUAAUACUAAAUUGGACAUCACUGA